GCCCUGCACGUGGCACCCAGAACCCCCGAGAGCUGUGGGCACCCGGAGCCCCCGGACCCCACCGCCCGCGAUCACAGCUGGAGGAGCGGUUAGCUCCACCGCCGUUUCUGCUGUUAAAAUCUGCCGAGAAAAGGGAAGCAAAAGACUAAUACACCGAGAUCGCGUGUGCGCAGGCAGUUUCAGCCCCUCUUGUACCGCCUUAGAAGGAGUGUCGGACAAACCUCAGGGUCCACACGAGGAAAACGUGGAGGCGGCCGGCCCGGGAGCCCGUGAAGGCCCGCGCGGCUCUGAGAGCGGAGGCAGCUGGUCCCUCCGGGGGUUCCGGGGCAGGACCACGCCCGCGGCAGGACCACGCCCGCGGCGGAGGGAGCCGGGGUCAGCCCGGGCGCAAGGCCAUGUCCCCGGGCGACGCUGGUCGCCGCGGAGUUUCUGCCUUCUCCCCUACACCGUGUGCCGGCUGACUUGGGAGUUUGCUAGACUGGAAAACGAGCUGAGCACAUCCGAGGAAGCAUCGAACCGGCAUCACUUCAGACGCGAGCCCCCCGAGCCCCCUGAGGGAAGGUCCUGGCUGGGUCAGAUCGCGGUCGGCCGCAAGUCUAGCGUAUCGAGCAGAGUUCUCUGUGCUGAGCAGGAGGUCUGCGUUGGUUGUCUGUUUUCUGUGCAGCAGGACGUGUAUGUUCACCUCAAGUUCCUGAUUUACCCCUCGCCCAGCACCUGUUUUGGACAGGCGGGUGUCCUCAGCCCGCUCUGUGCUGUAGGUAAACACCCGUCUUCUCUCCAGACGCGCCAUGUCGGCUUCCCCCGGCCGCGGCCGUCUCUGGCGCUUGUCCUGGAGCCGGUGUGUGUGGCACCACGCCCCGCCGCCCCAGGACUUCCGUUCCCGGCCCUUCAGGACCGGAAGCCCAAGCGCCAUCUUCCUGCAGAGAGGUUGUUGAAGACGGGCUUCCCGGGAGAGAGCGUUCGGGGCGUUGAGGACAGGACACCCCCCGGUGUGGGGCUGGGGGCCUUCACCAGAUACAAAUGCAUUACCACUGGCCUGCAGAUCCAGGCAAGGGGAAGCCAGCUCACCCCCAUGGAAAUAAAAUCUGGGUUAGAAACCAAGCGAUUUCUUAGGGGUCGAGGUGAGCCUCAUGACGGAGGCUCCUGGUCCAAGCGCUUCUCCUCCCGGCGGCUGGUGACAGGGUGUGCAGGGCGCUUGGGGCUCGUGCCGGGCUUGGAUGUUGGGCGCUGGGUUUCUGGAGGACGAAGCGAAGAGCACAGCUGCGGAGUGAGCCGGGCCGUAGUGGUGGGCUGCUGGUCAGACUGGACGGAAGAUUUCUGUGAAAGGGGCGACCUGUCUGAUUCCGGGGAGGAGCCUGCGGUGGCCGAGGUCGUCCCAGUGGGCGCUGAGCAGGCUCGCCUGCGAGGGCGGGCGGUGGGUGUGGGUGGUGCGCGGCUGAGACUGCUGUCACCGUCACGGGACUUCUUGUUCAGCCGCCCGCUCUCGGCCCUUGGCGAUAUUCUGAUGGGCGGGAUGUUCCAGUCUGGCUACUCUGAGCCCCUUGGAGCAGCAGGCCACGAGCUCUGGAAGCUUCUGUCGCCCACCCUGCAGGGCGCAGGGAACGGCUGCUGUGUCAACGAUCGUCUGGAAAACCAGCUCAGAAGGGGCCUCACGGAGCUGGCCGGGGAGGGCAGGGAGCCUCACCGGGGUCACCCUGUGUCCACACGCCCGGCCCCCUGCCCGCAGGAGAUGGCGCCCACGGUGCAGAGGCGGGCAGGCCGCUGUGUGGUCCCGUCGGGUUCCUGGUGA